AUGACUUCGACCGAUUUGCCUGAAAAAGAUGCUUAUUUAGCAGUUACCACUCAAAAAUCAAUUGUUGAUGAUCCUAGUGCAGACAAAGCUCUUCAAUUUCUUGCUGAGCACGCUGGCAAGUUUGAAGAGCUUACUCCGGCCGAGGAAAAAUGGGCGAUUAGGAAGACCGAUCUAAUUUUGCUGCCAACACUCUUCUUCACUGCCACCAUGGGUGCCGUUGACAAAGUCUCUCUUAGUACGGCCGCCAUAUUUGGAUUCAAGACCGACAACAACCUUGUUGGACAGCAGUACUCCUGGCUGGGUGUGCGAUCGUUCCCGGUUGCUCUUUGA